CGAACAAAAAUUUUGAAAAAGCAACCAAUAUUGAUGAUGAAGAAACUUCUAUGGAAAUGAUUUCAUUUGAUGAAAUUAGUAACUACGUUUCUGAUAUGAUUAAUGGAUUGGGAGAAUAUGAUACUUUGCUUGUUUCUACUUUUUGUGUUAAACUUGAUAAAGCUACCCUUAAAGCUAUUGGCACAGAAGUUGGAAUAAUGGCUAAACUGAUUGUCGAUGAGAUUAAAGAAGCAGAUGAUUUCAGAUAG